AUGUCGACUCCAAUACCUAAACUCUUUCAGCCCCUCCGCGUCGGCAACUUCACACUUUCACACCGUGUUGUGCUUGCGCCGCUCACCCGGACUCGUGCCAACAAGGAUCAUGUCCACGGUGACCUUGCAGUUGAAUAUUAUUCCCAGCGGGCCUCGGUUCCAGGUACACUGCUGAUCACCGAAGCGACCUUCAUUGCAGCCAAAGCAGGAGGCUUUCCUCAUGUUCCCGGAAUUUGGAAUGAUGAGCAAGUGAUUGCUUGGAAAAAGGUUACUGAUGCUGUACACGAGAAGGGGUCACGUAUCUUCUGCCAGCUCUGGGCCCUGGGCCGUGCGGCAAACGCAGACGUCCUCAAAGCAGAAGACCCGUCUUACGACGUCGUAUCAGCUUCCAACAUCCCGUUCGUAGGCGGCGCCACGCCCCGCGCCCUGUCUAUUUCUGAGAUCAAAGAAUACGUCCAGCUGUACACAACUGCUGCGAAAAAUGCUAUUCGGGCAGGCUUCGAUGGCGUUGAGGUACAUGGAGCGAACGGGUACCUCAUCGACCAAUUCCUGCAGGAUGUUAGUAACAAGCGGACUGACGAAUAUGGUGGCUCUGUCGAGAACCGAGCACGCUUUGCCCUUGAAGUCAUUGAUUCUGUCAUUAAGGCAAUCGGUCAGGAGCGAGUUGGUCUCAGGGUCAGUCCAUGGGGAAUUUUGCAAGGCAUGUGCAUGAAUGAUCCUAAGCCAACAUUUGCAUAUCUCGUAUCUCGCGUGGCCGAGUUGUAUACUGGCUUCGCAUACGUCCAUACAGUCGAGCCGCGCACACAGGGUGAGGCUUUCCGUGAACAUGGACCAGAAGAGUCAAAUGACUUCCUGCGCGACAUAUGGGCCCCUCGUCCUUUUAUUACCGCAGGAGGAUAUACGAGAGAGCUUGCAUUGGAGCAGUCUGAGAAGUCUGGAAAUCUCAUCGCGUUCGGGCGUAUCUUCAUCUCGAAUCCCGAUUUGCCACUUCGUCUUGCCAAGGACUUGACCCUAACCGUCGGUAAUCGAGAGACGUACUAUGUUCCAGAGAUCGCGCAUGGAUACACCGACUACCCGUUCUCGGAUGAUCCUCGGGCCUUCCUCUGA